AUUGGUAAACAUAUUGGCAUUCCUCAUUUUCGUGACCUUGUGCGCCGAUUUCUGCAUGAUCAGCACAAUCCUGAUCAUGCUAUACCUGGGCAUGAAAUGGAUGUGUCACAAUGCCCAAACUUUGAUGGCAAGGUGGAUAUUUUCCAUUCCACAGUUGCGUCGUUUCACGCUGCUAGUGAUAUUUGCAGAGUUAAUGGUAUGAUGUGUCAUACCUUCCAUGCUGCACCUAACUGGCGUGGUGGUCGUCCU